AUGGAGGGCAUUGAGAAAACACCAGCCCAACUAAAAAAGGAAGCUAAGAAAUUGGAAAAAUUAGCCAAAUUUCAGGCUAAACAGGAAAAAUUGGCCGGACAAAAAUUGGAUAAAUCCAAGCCAAAACAAUCAAAGGUUGCUACUAAAGCCGCGGUUAUUCAUGAACCCACCUUGGACAAAGACGGCAAAAAAGAUGUUUCUGGCAAAAUGCCGGAAUCGUACUCUCCGGGUUAUGUCGAGUCUCUCUGGUAUAACUGGUGGGAAACGUCCGGAUUUUUCUCUCCUGAAUACUGGGCGUCCAAGGAAUGUUCGGAAGGUCCGAGGAAAAAAUUCGUAAUGGUUAUUCCUCCUCCUAAUGUCACUGGAAAUCUACAUUUGGGCCAUGCGUUGACAAACGCUAUCGAAGAUGCUGUCAUUCGUUGGCAUCGUAUGAGAGGCGAAAUAACCCUCUGGGUUCCGGGCUGUGAUCAUGCGGGCAUUGCCACUCAAGUUGUUGUGGAGAAGAAGCUAUGGCGAGAACGUCAACUCACGCGACAUGAUAUUGGUCGAGAGGCCUUCAUUGAAGAGGUCUGGAAGUGGAAAAAUGAAAAAGGAGGAAAUAUCUAUGCCCAACUUCGAGCCCUUGGCAGUUCCUGUGAUUGGACAAGAGCGUCCUUCACCAUGGAUCCCAAACUCUCCAGGGCUGUCACAGAAGCCUUUGUCCGCAUGCAUGAGGGUAACCUAAUCUACCGUAAGGAGCGUCUAGUCAAUUGGUGUUGCACCCUCCAAUCCGCCAUUUCGGAUAUUGAAGUUGAUAAGGUUGAACUUACUGGUCGUACAUCGCUCAAUGUACCCGGUUAUGCCAAGCCUGUUGUGUUUGGUGUUCUCACUUCGUUUGCCUACCCAAUUGCUGAUUCCAAUGAGGAGUUGGUGGUGGCUACAACUCGUUUGGAGACCAUGCUUGGUGAUACGGGUAUUGCAGUGCAUCCUGAUGACCCACGAUACAAACACCUAAUUGGUAAAUUCGCAGUUCAUCCCUUCGCGGUACCUGAAAGACGUAUUCCAAUUGUGGCGGACACAUUUGUGGACAGGGAAUUUGGUACUGGAGCCGUGAAAUUGACACCAGCCCACGAUCCGACUGAUUAUGAAGCCGGCUUGAGACAUAAUCUACCCUUCCUCACUUGCAUUGAUGAAACUGGUCUCAUGACUAAAGUGGCCGGUCAAUUUGCAGGAAUGAAGCGUUUCGACGCUCGUCUGGCUGUUAGAAAGGCUUUAGAAGAGCGCGGUCUGUACCGCGGUUGUGUUGACAACCCUAUGGUAGUGCCUGUCUGUUCUCGAACUAAGGACAUUAUUGAACCCCUCCUUAAGCCCCAGUGGUAUGUCAAAUGUGCUGAGCUGGCUUCGCGUGCUGUCGAAGAAGUCGAGUCAGGGCGACUGAAAAUUACUCCGCCUGGUUACAUGAAUACCUGGUACGCUUGGCUACGAGACUGUCGCGAUUGGUGCAUCUCCCGACAACUUUGGUGGGGUCAUCGUAUCCCUGCCUACCUCAUUUCCCUCAAAUCUAAGGAGUCGGGAGAAUUCCAGAAGCUUGAUGAGUCCGAUGAAAACUCUUGGGUGAUUGGUCGUGAUGAGGCGGAAGCUCUCUCUGCAGCCAAGACUCGUUUUAAUAUCACCAACGACUCGGACAUUCGUUUGAAUCAAGAUGAGGACGUGUUAGACACUUGGUUCUCUUCGGCUCUCUUUCCAUUUUCUGUCUUCGGUUGGCCAGACGAUACCGAUCCAGAUCUCUCCCUCUACUACCCUGGCAACUUCUUGGAAACUGGACAUGAUAUUCUCUUCUUCUGGGUAGCAAGAAUGGUCAUGGCUGGGCUCUACUUGACCGGGAAACUCCCUUUCAACCAAGUGUAUCUUCAUGCUAUGGUUCGUGAUGCCCACGGCAAAAAAAUGUCAAAAUCUCUGGGUAAUGCUAUUGAUCCUGUGGAUGUAAUUCACGGCAUCUCUCUGCCGGAUUUGCAAGAGAAGCUAAAACAUGGCAACUUGGACGCAUCCGAAUUGAAGCGAGCUACUGCAGCCCAAGCGAAAGAUUUCCCCAAGGGUAUCCCCGAGUGCGGUACUGACGCUCUGCGCUUUGCUCUUGUCUCCUAUCCCACUCGCGGUCGCAGUAUUAAUCUCAACAUUCUGCGUGUCCAAGGCUAUCGUUUCUUUUGCAACAAGCUUUGGAACGCUGCUAGGUAUGCAAUGUAUCAUUGUCUCGGUGAGGAAUACAAACCACCUACAUCAACGUCAAGUCUUACUUUCAAUAAUGCUCUUCUCUCCGGAACUGAUAGAUGGAUUUUAGGCCGUCUUGCUCAUGCUGUUGUGGAAUGCGAUGCUGGCUUUUCGACUUAUCACUUCCCUCAAGCCACCACUGCUUGCUACAACUUCUGGCUCUAUGAAUUCUGUGAUGUCUAUCUUGAGUAUUCCAAGCCCUUCGUUAAAUCUACCCAAGACGUGGACCCCCAGCGAGCUGAGAUUGUGCGGCACAUUGUCUACACUUGCGUAGACUUUGGCCUGCGUCUCUUGCAUCCCUUCAUGCCUUUUGUCACUGAAGAGCUCUUCCAACGUCUGCCGCGUAGGAACCCUGCUGCUGAUCAACCUGCUCUCUGUGUAACCGCUUAUCCAUCGUCUGAAGAAGUUGCCAAAUGGAUGGAAGUUGAAUCCUCUGAAUCAAUUGGCUUCCAACUGGCAUUCAGUUUAGUUCAUCGUCUACGUUCACUCUACGCAAAUUACAAUCUGCGUGUUACCGGUGGGGAUUUCCCUGAAGUUGUUCUGAUCGCUCCAAGCACCACACUCGACAUCCUUCACAAAGGAAAUUUCCUCGAUGAUCUCGUCGUUACCUUGGGCAAAUGCAAGGUGGUGGAUAUGGCCACCGACAAGAAUCAAGUUAACACCCAUGGUUGCAUAAUGACUACGGUGAAUGCCUUGGAUGCUCGUGUGGACGAAGCUACUUCUGGAGCCGAACAGGCGGAAGGUGAACUGGAGGAAGUGGGUGAAGCUACGCAAGAGCAGAAAAUACCAGAUACCGAUGAUGCUUCACAGCAACCUUUUUCAUCUGUGACCUGUCAACUUUACCUUCGUCUUGUAGGUCAUAUUGAUGCUGUAGUUGAGAUUGAACGGGCUCAACAACGUGUGGCUCAAAUCCAGAAGUCCAUUAGUACACUAGAAGAGACCCGUUCCAAACCGCAGUAUGCAGAGAAAGUGCCUCAGGCUAAACAGGCCCUUGAUGCUCAAAAGCUGCAUACUCUUCAAGUGGAAUUGAGUGCCUUCCAAGAUGCAAUUGAAAGUCUAAAUUCCCUAUUGCCUGGUGGAACUGCUAAAUCCCACCCAACUAUCAACUCUCUUCUCAAAUUGGCGUGCCUCGCAAACAAGACCACUCCUGAAUCCCUCUCACCCGAACUCUUUGAUUUGCAGGCUCAACUGGAGGCCGUGUGCUUGUAUGAUAGGUCAUCCCCUGCAACAAAUGCAAAGGUCAAGGAAUUUAUCGCCUUAAGCAUUGCUCUCCUCAAUCCAAAUGGACGGAAGAAUGAUGUGGCACGCAAUUUCUGGCGAGAUUACUGCCACUCGCGUUUGGAGAAGGGCAAAUUUUUGUUUGGUCGUAUUCUUGGCCCCGCCGACUUGGUUGCUGUCUACGUGGCACAUCAUCUUGGAAAUUCGGUGAAAUUCACCACAAACGCCUCUCACCUUUGGCUGAAAAAUUGCCACCAAUAUACUCUUGCGAAUGGACAGAAGGUUUGUGGGGAUUCGGUUAAAUUUAGACGAACUCUAUCUCGAUUGAAAUAA